CCUCUACUGCGCCUACGCCGACCUUAGACAUUCACUCCUGUUUCAAACGUCGAACGGUGCGCGCGCAUACUAAUAAACUUAUUUUUUUUUACAUAAACUCGUGAUGGAGAAGGAGCCGCAGCCAGAUUCCAUGGCUACCAUUACCAUGAAACCGGAGUACCCUCCUUCCGAAGUGUACAGCACUUCCGAGCCGCCACCGGCGUACAGGCAGAGAAUGUCGAACUCAGUGCAAAUCGCGCGGAUCGCUGGUCUCACGAUCAUCGCUGCCUCCUUCAUCCUGGGCUCGUUCAUCCUGGCCAGCAGCUGGGUGGCGGCACGCGCCUCCUGCCACCAGCUGGAGCAGCUGGAUGCCAUGCUGGACAAGGAGCUCGCCCUCGAGGGCAGGUCGUAUGGAAACGACGCGCUUAUUCCGGAUGAGCCCCUGCCGAUAGGCAACGCGCAUGCUCUGCACGCCGCGCCGCCUGCGCCGGAGUCGACGGCCGCACCGUCCGCUCCACCCGCUUUAGCAUCCGGCAGCUUGUCCAAGGAGGAGCACCUUCAUCAGGCCGAGACCAAGGUCGAUGAAGACAAACUCCAGAAACUCGACGACGACAAAUCGGAGAGUGACGAGAGCUCGGACUCCGACAGCUCCGGCGAAGAGGACGAGGACGAGCUCAUCAGACCCAUGUUCAAGCUGCCCAUACAGUUCGACCUGGACGAGCUGGCCGGGGCCUUCUUAGCCAACAACCAGAAGGGCCGCAUGAACUGCGUAGUAGAGCGUAGGCGUGAAGACCCCGUGGAGAGGAAAUUCCCGUUCAACCUGCUCGGUGCUUUCGCCCCCCGCAGCGCGCAGACCGAGCGCGUCGCCAUCAUCUGCCACGGAGGAGAUGACAGACAAAUGCCAGUGUUCCCCGACCCGCAGUCGCAAGUGUUCGCGUUCCCGUUGUCCGGUCCCAUGCACCUGCCGAUGAGGCCGCAGCCGGAGAGGCCAGCCAUGAACCCCGCGCCGGAACCCAGGGGACCCUUCCAGGGGCCGCCCCAGCACAGGCCAGCUCCCUUCCCCCUGCCGCUGCCAUGGGACUCCUCCGAGGAGCAGAUGGCCCCGCCCCGCGAGAUGCGCAUCCACGUGCAGCGCGUGUUUGCCGUGCCCGCGCAGGGCCCCGACAUGAUGUUCGCGCCCCCGCCCCUACCCCAGCAGCCCCAGCAAAAUGAGCAGCGCAUGGCCGACGGAGAAGACAUGCCCCCCCGGCAGAUGCACGUGAUCGCCUUCCCCCCCAACAUGGCCGACAACAUGGGCCCCUUUGCCCCCCCGCCGCCGCCCGCACACGACCAGAACGAGCAACAGAGCGUACUGCACCAGUUCGUCCCGCAGCCGGCCCCCACACAAGAGAUUGAGCAGCCCGAGGUCCAGAAGAUGGAGAUGGAGGGUCGCAAGCUGAUGCCGUGGGAGCUGACCCCCGAGGACCUGCACAUGAUCCAGCGCACCGCGCAGGACGUCGUCGCCGGACAGCGCCAGCAGCAGAUCGACAACGACAUGCAGGAGGUGAAGACGAUUGUGAACACGCUGGCGGCGGCAGCGGAGGCGGAGGAGGCGGAGCGACGAGCGGACGACGAGCAGCAGCACCAGCAGCAGCAACAACAACAGCAACAGCAGCAGCAGAUGCAGCAGCAGAUGCAGCAGCAGAUGCAGCAGCGCGCUCAGCGCACCAUCCUCUUGCCGCAAGAUCUGCCCGCCGAGGAACGCCCGCACUACAUGCAGCCCCGCUCGGUGCGUAGCGUGGACGCGCUAGUGAACAAGGAGAAGCGCGUCAAACGCUGCGCCUGCGACUGUAUCUAGGCCUUAGACCGCGACGCGUCGGGCUUACAUUCCGUCCAUCUUAAAUUCACCUUUAAUUUAUCAUUACGGUUACGGUAAAUGUAAAUAAGCGUCAAAUCCUACAAUGUCCGGGGUGAAUUAGAUUUUAAAUUAGCGUGUUAAAGAUAAAAGUAAUCUGUUACCAUCCUACUAGAUAUUAUAUUGAGCGUAAUAAUCUAAAAUAAUCAGGAUAAUUCUCUAAGUAACGCUGCGAGGAAUAGAAGUGCAUGUAUGAAUUCCCGACCAGACCGCAGCAACGUCAGAACGCAGGCCACAUCAGUAUCGAUACCAUUGCGGUGUUAUUGUCAUAGGAAUUGUAAUUUAACAUAUUUUAUGACCCUAAAUUAAAAUUUUAUUCUUUGUUCUCA